GCUAGCUCUGAUCAAGGGAAGGCGAUUGAAUAAUGGCCGGCCAUGAGGAGCUCUUUCUCGUCGGCUCCACCUUCAGUCCCCAGGAUCACGAGCUCAUCAACCAGUUCCUCCGCCAGAAGAUCGCCGGAGCAGACCUAGGCCGCUUCAGCAGCUUCAUCCACGAAGCCGACGUCUACUCCGCGCCACCUGGGGACCUCAUCGAGAACCGUGCCCACGCGCCUGGCUCCGACAAGGACGACGGCAAAGGAGGCGUGUGGUACUUCUUCUCACCGGUCCGUCGUCACCAGACCAAAGGUGGCUGCAGCGGAAGGCGACAGCGUGUCGUCGACGACGACGAGGGUUACAACUGGCACUCGGAGAAGAGCGAGCCCGUGCUAGACACUCAAGGUAAACGGGUUGGCUUCAUUGACAAACUUUCCUUUGGGAUCAAGAGGCCUGGAGCAGCCAGAACCAGGCUUGGGUGGUGCAUGAAGGAGUACGGCCUCGACCACGACGACGAACAAGACGGUGCGGCCGGACUGGUGCUAUGCAAGAUCUACGUCUCUCCCCACAAGAGGGAGAUUACCUACGCGUCCGUAAUCAAUGCCCCCGGUUCCAAGAAGAAGAGGAAGGCGGCCGCCGACGUCCAACAUCCGGAGGCUCCACGUCCGAAAACCCCACGCCGCCAAGAAAUGUCCAUCCAAGAAGAAGAAGAAGAAGCCGGCGGGACGCUUCGGGAGUUCGAGCGUUCGUUCAUGUCCGACCAAGACGAGACGUUGCCCCCCGGAGUAGCGGACGACUGCAGCGUGGAUCCAAGUGGCUUUUUCACCGACAUGCUUCCAGAAUUAGGACUGACGCUCCAGGGAAAUACCGAGGCGUCCGAGCAUGGCAGCGACUGUACAUUGGAGGAGUCCUUAGCCGGCGAAUAUGGCGACGUCCACCAAGACGUUGAGACGGCGGAGGAGGAUGACGGCACCUUCCAGUGCACAUGGGAGGAGAUGUUCGGCGACAACAUGGAAGUGGCAUGCCCUGCCCCGCCGACGGCGUCGUUGCACGUGAGGACCGAGUGUGCGUGUGUGUGACGGGAACUGCGGAAUUUGCAUCCCAGUGUGCGUGUAUGUCUUGUUGAUUGCACAUUGUUGAUGAACAAGCCAUCCAUAUGUGCAGCAGAUUAAGUAAUUGAUAUUCUUUUAUCAUAUAUUCAUAUUAGAAUACGUAAUGA